AUGACCCUUCCGAAUGUAUCUGAAGGAAUGGCGGUGGUCUCUUUCCAGAAUGGGUUGAGCAGAAGUGGGUCGCGAGCGACCAAAAAGUUGCUAAGACGACUCAUGAAAUACCCUCCAACCACUUGGGACGAGAUACACAACGCCUACUAUGCCGAGGUAAGAGCCGACGAGGUUGAUCUCAAUGGACCUACUCAACGCCUGACCUCGGUCCAAAUGGAGUCUAGGAAAGACCGAAGAAACGACAGCAGAAGAGAUCUAGCAGGGUCACGACCUAAUCGAGAAAGACAUCAGCCUUACGUCAGAGGCACUCUCUUGCCGCCUCCACGUCACGACAAAGGUUCAUCCAUGCCGCGAACAGGAAUCCACCAAAAUGGAAGAGGUAUGCCCCCUUAUUAUCAGCUCACAAUUUUGUGUUUCCCCCUCACAAAAAGUCUACACAUUGGAAAAGCUCGGCCCAAAGGUAAAAUGGUCACAGAAGAUGAAGUCCGACCCAAGCACCAGAAAGUCAAACGCCCUUACGAAUUCCACCAGGAACGGGGUCACAAGACCGAGGACUGCAUCGCCCUUAGACAGGAGGUCGUGAACAUGCUUCACCAAUGGCACCUAAAAGAGUUGAUGAGCGAUCGAGAGAGGACAAACUUCGCCCGAGGGCGAGAACAACAUCAGGGGCCACCCAAACCACCUUCCCCAGUUCGGACCAUUCAAAUGAUCAUCGGAGAAGGCGACGACGCAUCCAUCAAUAGCAUGAAGUUCACCACCACUCACAAUCUCAAGCUGUCAAUCACCCACGAACGGUAUGACGAACUCGAAGAAAGUAUCAUCUUCUAUAAGUCGGAUACCCACGGUUUGGUCUUUCCUCACUAUGACGCCCUUGUCAUUACUUUACGUAUUUUUGAUACUGAUGUAAGACGUAUCAUGGUCGACGAUGGAAGCGGCGCGUGCAUCAACCAUCCUCGAGUACUCACCCAAAGGAAACUCGAGGACAGGAAAGUGCCACGCUGCAUCAGGUUUUAA